ACAGAAUCAACAGUCUCAGUUGAAUGAAAAUAGACAAAAUUGACGUUCAUCUUCAACGCCUGAAUUAGAAUACAAGCGUUAAAUAAAAUAGUGCCAAACAUCGAGAAGGUUGUUAUUAUAUUUGCGAAAUCGUAUUCAAUUAUAAUUGUCAUGGAGCUUUAAAAGUAGAAAUAAUGGUUUCAUUUAUACAAUUUGUUUUUGUUACCUGAGAAGAAAAUAGGAAGCAGUCAUAAUGAAAGUGGACAGAGCCCGCCUGAAGAAGUUCUCUUCCGAGGUGCCUGCUGAGUGUUUUCAAAUAAUAGAGCAUUUGCAAACAUGUACAAGACCAGAGUUGUUGGACGAACUAUCGAAAAUCCAUACUUGGACUUUCGGUAAGUGUGAGUUGUAUCAUUGGGCACCAGUUCUGGAUAUUUUUGAUAGAAUCCUGGAAGAAGCAUGUGAACCUGAAGAGGAAAAUAAGUGGAUGUUAUUUUGUGAUAUACAUUACUCUCCAGAAGACCGAAAUUUAUUACUAUGGAUUCUGCACUUCUCCACACUACUGAUAGAACAUUCGUUCUCGCGCCAUUUGUACAAUUCAAUGGGUCACCUCUUGGCUUUACUGCAGGCUAAUGAUAUGUCUAUUGUCUUAGGUGUUUUAAAUUUGUUGUAUAUGUUCUCCAAAAGAAGUAACUUCAUAACCAGACUGAAGACAGAGGAGAAAGUUUUCCUCACAUUGAGGUUAUACAAUUUAGCUGAGAAUUGGGGAGGCAAGGAGAAUGGCUUUGGACUCGCCGAGUGCUGUGAUGAGGACAAACCUAUUGCCCCUUCGGCUACAACGCUACAUGUAGAAUUUCACAAAGAUGAUAUUGAAAUCAAAGAUCCUAAAGAUACGAGAUACUCUACAAAUAUAAUACACAUUGAGCAUGUUGACAAAUUACACAAAACACCUGCUGAAAUCAUGAAAUCUUUAGUUUCCAUGUAUAAUAUUCCUGAAGACAAAGAGAUGUGGUUGUAUUGUCAUGUACGAUUGGCUCACCAAUUUUCGGAAUAUAAAAGUCGCUUAUUACUUGUCCAAGCUAGAUUACAAGCACUAUCAAUUUUAAUCUACUCAAAUGCUCUACAAGAUUCUCCGCAAAAUCUUUUAUACCCAGGAAUUUUGGAGGAGCUUGUUGAACUUAUUGAAUUGCCCAAGCCCCAUCUAGUGGAAAUCAGAUCAGCUGCAUUAAGAACACUGACAGCUAUAAUACACUUGGACAGAAGCCCACAUAUUGCCAAGUAUGUAGACUUAAUGAAGCCGGGUUCCCGUCUACACAACAUCAUUGAUGUUACGGGAGCAAGUCAGUACCAUGGCUUUCUACCUGUAAUGGUCAGAACUUGCAUUUCGAUUCUAACAAACCAGAAUGAUGAGAGAAUUCUAACACAAGCUGAAGGAAUUUUUCCUCGAGCUGACAUUGAUGAAGCAAGUGAACCUGUGGAUUUCCAUACUGAUGGAAUCUUGAGCAUCGCUAUGUUGCAUAACAACAAAUCUAAGUUUCCUCUAGCUUUAGCCACAGCACUUUUUUCUUUCCUGUAUCAUCUAGCCAGCUACGAGGCUGGCGGAGAAGCAUUGGUAACCUGUGGUAUGAUGGAGUCCCUCUUACAGGUUAUCAAUUGGCAUGGCACCGAAUUGGAACAUAUAACGUUUGUGACUCGUGCUGUGAGGGUAAUUGAUCUUAUUACCAAUAUCGAUAUGCAAGCGUUUCAAACUCAUGAAGGACUUCAGAGUUUCAUUAAUCGUCUAAGUGCUGAAGUAAACUUAUGUAGAAAAGAUCAACUUGUUGAAGUAAAAACAAGGGUUCAAGAUGAUGAUGUUGAAGAAGGAAGUGAAAUGGACACUGGAGAAUCUGUAGUCCAAAUGAUAACUCAUCCCAAAAACCAAGGCAAAACUUGUCUACCUCAAAGAGCUGCUCUCUUGAAAUCGAUGUUGAAUUUUCUCAAGAAGGCAUUUCAGGACACUACAUUUUAUGAUAAUGUUCGUCAUCUGAUGGAAGGACCUCUACCUGACGCGUUAAAAAAUAUCAUUGCCAAUGCAGAAUAUUACGGUCCCUCCUUGUUUCUCCUGGCAACAGAUGUUGUGACCGUGUAUGUUUAUCAAGAGCCAGCUCUGUUGAGCACCAUUCAAGACAAUGGUUUAACUGAUGUUGUUCUUUAUGCAUUACUGACGAAAGAAGUUCCGCCUACUAGAGAGGUCCUGGGAUCACUGCCAAAUAUCUUCAGUGCACUCUGUUUGAACCAUAGGGGUUUGACCCAGUUUACCAAAUUCAAACCAUUUGAAACUUUCUUCAAAAUUUUGAUUUCUCCAACCUAUUUGGCAGCUAUGCGAAGAAGGCGUAGCUCUGAGCCCAUGUCAGAUACUGCUUGCAAUCUAGGAAAUGCUAUGGAUGAAUUGAUGCGUCAUCAACCAAGUCUCAAAGCUGAUGCAAUUGCGGCUCUAGUUAACCUACUUCAAGAAUUGGUUAACCUAGGUACUGAUCCAAAAUACAUAUGCUGGAGACCUAGCAGCAAAACCGAAAUUUCUCCUUCAAUAAAUUGCAGGGUCAUCAACAACACUGAAGGAUCUUCAGAUGAGGAUGACGAUGAAGAGGAAGAAACCUCAACCUCCUCCCAAAAUGCUGAGGCACAUACUCAAAACAGCGAAAGACAGCCAAUAGCUCUCAUUGAUUACAUACUCAAUGUUAUGAAAUUCGUAGAUGCGAUUUUGAGUAACAAUUCAACUGAUGAUCAUUGCAAAGAAUUUAUACAGCAGGGUGGUCUACCAUACUUAUUGAGGCUCUUGAGGCUUCCAAAUCUUCCUGUGGAUUAUCCAGCUACUAACACCGCACAGGCAGUUGCUACAGUCUGCAAGAGCAUUCUCAAUUUAGCACAUGACUGUUCACUAUUCAAAGAAGGGCUGCAUCAGUUGGCCGAGGUCUUGCUUCUGAUGAAACCACUAUUUUCUAAAACAGAAGUGCCAGGAGGGUCAAAAUUAUUAAUGGAAUUAGCUAGCGCUCCAAAUACGGAUAAUGCUUUUAGUACAGCAACUGAUACUCCUCUGCUACAUGGGAUGAGUGCAGCUCAUGGAUUUGUCAUCAUGUUUGUUAAUAUAUGUCGCACCGGACAAAAUGACAUAAGAAGCUUAUCGUUGCAGCAGUGGGGUACUCAAGACGGUAUUCGUGUCUUGAGAGGAUUAUCUGAAUUGUAUACUUCCCUUGUGUGGGAAAGCACUCUUCUUCUGGCGUAUUGUAGUGAGGAUUUGAUGCCCUCUUACUGUAAUAUACCAAGAGAAGACAUGGAGAAGUUGCAAAACUUCUUUGCUAUGUGCGAAAUGGCUAAUCCUGUAGGCCCUUCUACCUCUACCAUAGAUGCCUUGACUAAAAAUAAUGGAUCAACAACAGUUGAUUCUGGUUCAGAAACGGGUACUGGAAAAUCUAAUCCAAAUGUUAAACUAAUCAAACCUCUCCUUGGAUCAUCCUCAAGAUUGGGAAGAGCUUUAGCAGAGUUGUUCGGGAUACUUGUUAAGUUAUGUGUUGGUAGCCCUGUCCGUCAGAGACGGGGACAAAAUGUUGUCGCUUCUCCCCCAAGCCCUUCACCAUUUGCUAGAAACGUAGCUACUGCUUUGGGAUUGCUACUUUGUGAUGGAUUAGAUUGGGAAAAACUGCUACAAUGCCCUACACCCAAGUGCAGACUUACAUUCUUGAUCUGCAGCGUUGGCUUCACCAGUCCAAUGCUCUUUGAUGAAAAGAGAUAUCCAUAUCAUUUACUUCUGAAAAAAUUUGUUGAAUGUGGUGGUCUGGACGCAUUUUUCAAGACUUUUCGAUGGGCCUUGAGUGCUGGAGGAACUAUUCCUAUUGAGCAAGGACUUGAGGAUCCAAAUUUACCAGAAGGUACCGGAGGAUUUCUGGAUGCGUGGUUGAUGCUAUUAGAAAAAAUGGUUAAUCCUAAGGCCGUAUUGGAAUCCCCACAUGUUGUGUCCAAUCGAGGCACUGAACAUCCAGUAAACGGAUGGCAUUUCGAUCCUUUGAAAUAUUUAAUCACUAUUCAUAAAUUAGCUUUUGAAAGUUGCCAAUUGUUAUGGGGUAGAAAGCCAUUGCCAACAUAUGGUACUAGAAUGACAGAGUCGAUGUUAACAAUUUUCAAACAUAUUUUACGCGGGGAGAAAAUAAUCAAAGAAAAAUUGAAAGAUGGUACUUUGAGUGCGUUAACAAGCAGUUCAUUAACAGACAAAGAUUUUCCUGAUAAUUUGAAGCAAUUGAUGGAUAUGGGUUUCAGUAGGGAACAUGCUUUGGAAGCAUUAGUUCACACAAUCAAUUUAGAACAAGCUACAGAUUACCUCUUAACACAUCCACCUAAACAAAGUCAAGCAUCCACUUCGCAAGUUGAAGAAAUUGAUAGUGUGGUUGAAAAUCUAUCAACUGCACUUGGUCUGAACAAUACAGAUGCAUUCAGAAGAAAAGUUAAUAUAGAUAACUGUGGUUCGCCAUUAGCAGAAAGUCUGAUCGAUCAAUUCAGCAAAGAUUGUAUAAAAGUUUGUUUAUUUAUAAUCAAACAUAUACCAGAUUGCGUGCACAAGGUAUGCGAACUCUUGGUUGCUGUAAUGAAGAGGAAUGGAAAACCCUAUAGAGAUCAGUUAUACGAGCUGAUUAUAGACGAAAUCUACAGGAUAGCAGUGAAAAUAGCAACGCUUAAUUUGGAAGAUAUAAUCAGCGUUGAUUCUAAUACCACCAAUCAGUUAUCUAAAUUAUGCCAUCUGUAUAUUUUAUUCCUGGAGAUGUCCACAUACUUCGAAAUGCGAAUAUCUUGCGCAGGUGCUGCUUUCAAAAAGAGAGAUUUACUACCUGCACUAAUAAACCUUGUAUCUAGGACUGAAAUAUCAAUGACAAGUCACAAUGUUGGGGUUGGAUUUAAAUGGCUAUCGCCCGUCAUUUUAAUGAUAGAUGAAUUGUCCAAAAUAUCGAUACUGUGUGAUAGGAAAGACAUGAUGCACUCUAAUACAAGCAGAGUAUGGAGAUGGUUUGAUUUGGUCACAGGAAAGUGGACACCAUACUCUUCCAGUAAUAAUAAAACAAUCAAUGACGCCUAUUGGGCCGGCGAACACAGUGUUAAAGUAAGUUGCGGCCGCAGAAGAUAUACGGUGACAUUUGCUAACAUGCUUCAAAUAAAUGAAGAAAGUGGAAAUAAUAGACCCAUCGCUAUGACCAUAGUGUAUCUGAAUCAUCCUAGUUUCAUGGAUAUAACUAAACCUCCACCACCAGAAACCAGAGGCAUAAAACCAGGAGAAAAAGAAGGCAGAAACGCUCGCUUUGAAGAAAUGGAUAAAGCACAAAAAAUCUGUAUGCUUUUGGCAUGCGUUAAGCUUCUACAACUGCCAGUAGACAAAGAAGUUAUACACUCAGUGCUCCAAACUUGUGUUAGAUUGACCAGAACCUUCGAAAUGGCCAAAAUUUUUGUGGAGGAAGGAGGUGUGAAAGCACUUCUAGCCAUGAAAUAUAUGAACGACUUCACGGGAUUCGGCAUACUGGCAACAAUUUUGAUCAAACAUUGCCUAGAAGAACCUAACAUAUUGGCAUAUGCAAUGGAGAAAAUUAUAAGAGGUAGAACCAUAUCUACCAUACCUCCCCCAUACAAAGAAUUGAUUUAUUUCACCAGACAGGUUGGUGGGGCAAUAACAAGAGAUCCGACAACAUUUAGCGAUGUAUGCAGGACAAUUCUCAGAUUGAAUACCGCAACUUAUAGAAAUGACGAAAUUGACUCGCGAUUGGUCGUCAAAUGUGAGCCGCCGGUUAGGAGUAAACCACCAGUACUAGAAUCCCGAGUGGCGAAUGAAGUAUUAAGUGAUCUUCUGAAUGCGCUAAGAAAUCCAUUAGAAGUAGAUACUAGCCCUCCACCCCCACCACCACCACAUUGUAGCAAAGUAUCAAUAGCUACUCAAACUUCUGAAGAUAACAUAAAUGUUAACGAAGACAGUUCGUCUUCAUCUUCUCCAUCUGUUCAAACUGACAGUAAUGCUGAGACUAAAACCGAUAGUAACAGAUUGAAACCAAUGCUGUCCAAAUAUGUCAUAUUGAAAAUCUUAGCGGAUGCUGUGGUAUCUUAUCACCCAGUAGCAAAACUCGUGUCCGAAUAUCACUACAGCGAUAAUACUAGUGUACUGGCAUUUUUGUUUGAUAAAAUAUUACCUGAGACUCCUAAUUUAUCCGAUUCUGAAAGUUCCUCGAUGUGCCGUAUGCUUAUAGCAUCCCUUGCCUCGUCUAAUCACUCUCCUGAAGCCCAACAAACAUUGGUUUUGGAAGUGAAGGCAGCUUUAGCACGUGCGUUAUCUUCACCAGAAUCUGCUGAAAAACACGGUCAGAUACAAAGUCUUUGUGGAAUCAUUUCAACUAUGAUAGAGAAUUGCCCACCACAGUCUAAAGUUAGACCUCAAAUUAAUAAUAUAGUGAGACUGUUGAUAAGGAAAGGACUUUUUAACGACUUGGCCAGAGUUCCUUUGUACAUGGAUUUGUCGUCUCCUCAUCUUGCUUAUACUGGAAACGCUUGUUUGAAGCCUUUAGAAUCAUUAUCACGAAUAGUCAACCAGCCGGUGCCAUUCCACAUGCAAUCUAAGAAGAAAACCCAACCAAUGGAGGAAGGGCAGGGUUUCCAAUUGGACAAUACUUCAAAUGAAGAUACUAUAGCCCAAGGUGAAGAAGCAAUUGAUGAUACUGAAAACACCGAGCAUGAUAUAUCAUCAACAUUGGAUACAACAAAUGCUGAAGAAACUGCUGAAGAAGAUAAUGUACUCGAACAAAUUAUGGGGCAGUUACUAGAUCCGGGAAACACAAACAACACGUCCUCGAAUAGAAAUCAUAGUUUAGAAAUUGACAAUCAUGGUAAUAUUAAUUUUGAAACUGAAAGAGAUGCAACAGAGGAAAUGAUGAGCACCGAUUCGGGUGAUUCUGAUUCUAAUACUUCAGAUCAGGGUGGUGAUGAUGACAAUGAAGACAACGAAGUUGAUGAGGAAAUCAUUGAUGACUCUGAGAACAAUUUCGCGAAUAGCUAUAAUGAUGAAAGUAUUGAAGAAAGAAGAAGAGGUUCUCAUGGAGAGGGAAAUGAAGAUGACAUUCUAAUGAUUCAUUAUCAUAAUGUGGCUGAAGACGUUUUACCAAGGGUAAGAUGGAACGAAAACGGAUUCACAGUUCCAAUAUUUGAUGAGGCAAAUUCAAACACAGAACAUUCAGGUUCGCUAAUUCAUCCCUUACUGCUAGGACGUGGUACUGAACUUAAUCAGCAGUCCAUGUUCACAAGAACUCAAAGAACUAAUAGGGCUAGACGUUACCAAUAUUUAUUCAAUCCAAGAAACCCCAAUCCACCUGUCAUCCUUCAGAGACUGCUUGGUCCUCAUGAUCCUCACAUCGCUCUGGGUUCAGCUGAUUUACGUCAAGAGAUAAGAGAGUCUCCUCGCGUCAUCAUGAUGGACAAUUUCGGAUUUCUUCCCACCCAUGAAGAACAGAUAGAUCUAGUAGAUAAUUCAGGUUAUUUGUUUGGGUCUACAUUGGCUGCUACUUUAAGUCAUAUUCCUCCUGUUCUAUAUUGGUGGAAUAUUGAAGCUCGAAUAUUGGACAUGGAAUCUGUUUAUGAUACUUCACUGUAUAUUUGCAAUCAAUUACUGCCCACGUUGAUCAAGCACCGAAAUGCCGAAAUAUUGGAUAAGAAAAAAAAUGAUGAACAAACCACCCAAAGCAGGAAACUCAAACUCACAAUUCACAAUGUUGACUCUGAGCAAAGUAGCGAGGAUGCUAGAGAAAAUAUUUCGGAAAGUAGGCCUGCUAGAAGAACAGGAAAUGAUGAAGAACUUGAUGGUGUUCCAUUAGAGGAGGACGAUGAAUCGACAAAUUCAAAUAUUACGACUGCUCAGUUCAUAAGGAAUAUCGUGUCGGAAUUUUCAAAUGCUGCCAACGUAGCUUUACGCAAUUCAAUCGCACCUAACCCUUUCAAUCCCGAAUCUGAACCCCCUGCAGUGAGUUCAGGUUCAGCUAGGACUACUCCACCUAAUACAGCCAGUAGUAAUUCAGGUUCUGCUACCAGGGAUUCAUCAACAGAUCCAGAAAAUGAACAAGAAGGAGAAUCACCGUUCAGUCAAAUUGAUAGCAACAUCCGGCAUAUGUAUUUCGAGACUUCAUCUCAUCCACCCUCAACCCGUGAAAUUGUUGCUACAUUAAUGAUGAAUCCCACACAAAGUACUCAAACCGGACAGAACACUCCUCCUGAAGUUAGAGAAACAAGUAGUGCUGUGUUGAGCGAACCAGGUCCGAGUUCAUUGAAUAAUGAAGAAGUUCCAGAAGGUGUUGAUCCAUCUUUCCUGGCCGCUAUUCCUCCUGAAAUGCGUAGGGAAGUAUUAGAGCAACAUAGAUUAUUGAAUUUCCAACAGCGCUUGGCUAGAGCUUCACAGUCGCAGCCGACAUCUAGUGAGCCGAAUGCUGAGCUUCCUGUUGAAGUAAACUCCGAGUUUUUGGCUGCUUUACCUCCAUCACUGCAGGAAGAGGUACUCAAUCAACAGAGACUCGAACAACAGAGACAAGCGGCUUCAAAUGCAAAUCCGAACGAACCUGUAGAUGCGGGUGCAUUCUUUGAGACUUUACAACCAUCAUUGAGACAAAUGAUCUUAUCAGAUAUGGAAGAUUCCCAGAUAUCUGCUUUACCUCCAGAUCUUGCUGCCGAGGCUCAAAAUUUGCGUAGAGAUCUAGAAGCAAGGAACCGUCAAUUAGUUCAAGAACGUUUCCUACAUAACAAUUUAACUACUAUUAUUAGACACUCUGCCAGAGGAAGAAUCAGUGGAAGACCUUUUCUUCCUCCUCAACGAUCUCAGUGGGCAACCUGGGGUCGGGAUAUACUCAACAUGAACAGUAGCGGACAAUCUGGUUCAAAUACCAAUAUGAAAAUAAGAGGCAGGCAACUUCUUGAUCAUGAAGGACUCUCUUGCCUUCUUGUUCUGCUGUUCACAGAUGAUUCUCAACUUAACAAACUGAGACUCCACAGAGUUAUUCGAAAUUUAUGUUUCCAUGGACCAACAAGGGAAUGGAUUGUUAGUGCUCUUUUAUCUGUUGUUGACAGAAGUGUCCAUACAAAGCAAGAUGACUCCUUGAACAAACCUUCCAGAAAAGGUCCAAAGCCAGGACCUCUGACUAGUAAACUGAUGACUGAUGUCAAGUCCCUUCAGUCUGGUGGUAACUGGUUGAACAUACGAAUGGAGGCUGCUUUGGGAUGUUCUGCAAAUGUCUUCAUAGUAACAAGGGGACCUGCAAAGCGUAGCGAUAAGUAUGCUGUUGCAAACAUAUCCAUUCAUCCCCAAGCAGCUCCAAUUAUUUGCAAGAAUGCAUUAGAACUGAUAAUUUCUUUGUCAAAAACAUUUCCAAAUAAUCUAUUGCCAGUUAAGUGUUUCAAAGAAGAUGAUAAAAUAUUACUGUCCCCAGUUAAAGUAAAAACAGAAGGAUUAGAUUUCUGGGACGUCUUAUUGAGACUGGAUUGUGCAAGUACAAAGAAGGGAAAGAGUAUUCCCAAGUCAAACACUAUAUCCCUGAUGGAUUCAGAUAAUGCCACAUUUGAUCAUUCCAUUUUUGGUCAAUUAUUGAAUAUGUUAUCAUCACCUGUUAUCUAUAAAAGUACACAUCUUACCGAUAAUUUGCUGAGAUUAUUGUCUGUUAUUACUUCCACAAUGCCAGAAGUUUCUAAAAAUCAAAAUGGAGCCAAGGUUAAAGUCAAGUUACCAAAAGAAAGCUUUGCUACUCCCGUUCAGUCCAUUAAUUUAGCUGUCAAUGUGAUUACUUAUAAAAGUUGCUCAGAAGAAGGUUUAGAGUACAUAACAAAUCUUCUACUCAAUCUGGCUAGUUCUUCCCUUGAAAUGAGUUAUUUGAUACUGAACCUACUCCUCACUGCAGCAAGUAAGAUGGGAGAUAUCGUUAAAGAUCAAAUUGACCAUAUGUUGAGUGAACUGAAGAACCUGAACUGUUCUCAAAAACGCAAAACUGAUGAAACUAUUCAGCCUUCUACAUCUAAGGGAACUAUCGCCAAUCGAUUUACCAAAGAAACUGUAGUUAUUACUGCGUCUACAAAAGUGAAAACUUCCUAUGAUUUGCAACUACCGUCUAUGGUGCCUUUAACCUCAAAGUCCUCAAGUCAGGUGUUUUUCCUUAGGGUGCUUCGAGUUAUAGUUAAUAUUAGACAUUCUAUUAAACAAACACUUCGAAAUGAAGGAGCUUCAUCAUCAAGUCAAGAGUUGCCACCAUUGUGUGAACAGCUGUCCAAGCUUGAACCUCUUUGGGAAACACUAAGCCAGUGCCUUCUUGAAUUAGAACAUACACCUGAUCACCAUGCUGUCCUUGUCCUUCAGCCUGCAGUUGAAGCUUUCUUCUUAGUACAUUCUCCUCAUCACCAUAAGUUGGUCACAAGAGAUAACCAGGGUGAAAGGGAAAGAGACAGGGAUAAUGUAACUAGGCCUGCACCGCAACCUGCCGAUGUGGACACUGGUGGAGGUUCCAGUGGUAGUUCUAAUAAACCAGAAUCGUUCCUUGUGGAAGGAGAUUCCAACAGCUCAGAUUCUUCCACAAAACCAACCGUCCCUCCGGAACAAUUGAAGUUCCUUAAUUUUGCUGAAAAACAUCGAACAGUUCUCAAUCAAAUACUGCGUCAAAGUUCUGCUAACUUAGCAGACGGACCUUUCGCAGUUUUAGUUGAUCAUACCAGGAUAUUAGAUUUUGAUAUCAAGAGGAGAUACUUCAGAGCUGAAUUAGAGAGAAUGGACGCUGGAGUCAGACGGGAAGAAACUGCCGUACAUGUCAGGAGAUCGAACAUAUUCGAGGAUUCAUUCAGAGAAUUAUAUAGAAAAACACCUGAGGAAUGGAAGAAUCGAUUCUAUAUCGUUUUUGAAGAGGAAGAAGGUCAGGAUGCCGGUGGUUUACUAAGAGAAUGGUACGUCGUUAUAUCCCGUGAUAUAUUCAACCCAAUGUAUGCACUGUUCACUGUAUCUCCGGGAGAUCGAGUCACAUACAUGAUUAAUUCUGCUAGUCACUAUAAUCCAAAUCAUUUAUGCUACUAUAAAUUUGUUGGUAGAGUCAUAGCUAAAGCUAUAUUUGACAAUAAACUUCUUGAGUGUUACUUCACGCGUUCAUUCUACAAACACAUAUUGGGAAUACCUGUUAAAUACACCGACAUGGAAAGUGAAGAUUAUAGCUUUUAUAACAGUCUAGUAUAUUUGAUGGAAAAUAAUAUAAGCUCUCUAGGCUUAGAUUUGACAUUCAGUACCGAAAUUAAUGAAUUUGGAGUUACUGAAGUGAGGGACCUGAUUCAAAAUGGUAGAAAUGUUCCUGUAACUGAAGAAAAUAAAAUGGAAUACAUUAGACUCUCUUGUCAAAUGAAAAUGACGGGAGCUAUAAAACAACAGUUGAAUGCAUUUUUAGAAGGCUUUUAUGACAUCAUUCCUAUGCGCCUAAUUUCCAUCUUUAAUGAGCAGGAAUUGGAAUUGCUCAUUUCAGGUUUACCAAAUGUAGAUAUUGAAGAUCUAAAAGCAAAUACAGAAUACCAUAAAUACCAGUCAAACUCUCUACAGAUUCAGUGGUUUUGGAGGGCUCUCAGAUCCUUUGAUCAAGCAGACAGGGCUAAAUUUCUUCAAUUUGUUACUGGAACAUCGAAAGUACCUCUGCAAGGUUUUGGUGCUUUAGAAGGAAUGAAUGGAGUGCAAAAGUUCCAGAUUCAUCGUGAUGAUAGAUCCACUGAUCGUUUACCUUCUGCCCACACUUGUUUUAAUCAACUUGAUCUUCCUGUUUAUGAAUCCUACGAUAAGCUUCGUUCAAACUUGUUAAAGGCUAUACAUGAAUGUUCAGAAGGCUUUGGUUUUGCUUAACUCUAAACACUUGUAUUUAAAGACUGACAAAGGUAAGAGUGUUUUUAUUGAUAUCGUAGAUGUAAAUAAAAAAAAAUGAAUGUACAGAUAUAGUGUGUAAAAAAUCUUUCUUUUUCUAAUUUAAAAUGGGAAGAUAAAUGAGUUAAUAAUUCUUGUGUGUGCAAUUUCUGUUACAUUGAAAUGUAAAGAUUUAUUUAUUGGGGAGCACAUGUAUUUUUGUAAAGCGUUUGCUGACUAGUGAACUGAACGUGAUAGAAUGAAUUUGAUAACUCAAAUUCACUCCUUAGUAAUAUUGGUACAUCUUGAAUUUUGAGUAUUGUUUGUUAACAUAAUCUAGAGUUACUCUCAUCAUUAACUAUUGUUUUUUAUUUCUUGUCCAUUUGUUGCAAUUUAUUGAACAUAAUUUAUUUCAACUGUAGUUAUUUCUGAAUUUAGGUGAUUAUUUUUAAUAAACAAUUCUCCAUU